AUGUCAGUCAACCGACCAGGCAUCCACCAGCAAGCCAAUGUCUACCAAGGCGUUUGCCCCCAAGGACCCGUGGCUCUGCAGCAAUUCAUCAAGCACCAAGGUAAUUUCAACCAGAAAACCACUAUCCACCAAGGGUAUUGCUUCCCAGAGCCCCUAGCUGUCGAGCAAUUGAAUACCCACCAAAACAACUUUGAUCAGCAAGGUGGCUGGUACCAGCGGGAUAUCAUCAGGGACUCCCAACACGAAAUCUAUCACGACCAGCAAAAGCUCGCGAACCAGGCGAGCGGUGCAAGCGUCUGCGGACCAGCCUUUUCCAAGGCCCAAGCCAUCGACGGAGACAAGAGCACACAGGAAGCAUCGCAAAAGCCUUUGGAUCAUGGUCUCGACAUCGACACCAUACUCAGCAGCAACAACAAGCUGUUGAGGGCAGCUGCAGACUUCCAAGAGGCUGGCCUGUUGAGCUCCUUCAUGAAACAUCCAGUCGGCCGUUUAACAGAUGAUAGUCGAAACCUCGAACAUGAUUGGAUCAUGAGAGCCCUGAAGAUUAAGCUGAUCUACCUUGAGGCUUGUCGUCGCCGUGCGGAAGCCAACAAAUAA